AUGUCCUGCACUCCCCGCAUCCGCGCCCUCCUCGUCCUCGACCUCAUACGCUCCCCGCCACAGCUCGGCUUCGCUGGCCUUGACGCCCACUCUGCCUCCGUCCUGGCGCCAUAUGUGGAAACGACAGCGAAGAGCAAGGACAGACGCUGCUUGUCUUCGAUGCAGCAGAAAUUGCAGCCGCAGAUCCCUCUGCGGCGUGGCAACCUCGACAGCGACUGCAAGCGGCCUGCUCAUGCGCCACGACACGCCUCGCGAAGACCGGCUGACAGGCAUUCGUUUCCACCACGCACAAAGGAUGCGGCGCGCAGCUUGAGUUUGACUACACUGUACGAGGUAUAUGAGGCAGACGAGGACCAGAGCGCCACCGAUGGCCUCUCCGACAUGGACCACACUCUGAUUACGAAAGAGCAUCUCGCAAAGAUUGAAGACGACUGGUCAAGAUGGCGGGCUUCUCGGGAGAAGAAUGACCAUCUCCGGGAGCUGCAGCUCGACCGCCGCAAUAUAGUCCUCGACUCCGCCCGUCCGGACGUCACACCACACAUAGUCAUCACACCUCCCGACUCCGUGGAUGCAUGGAAUAAUUACUGGGCAAUCUGUGUGAACAGGACGGGACCGCAGGACUCCGCAUGUCUAGAACUACCUCAGCGACAUGACGGCCUCGACCCGCUCGCGUGCUCACCGGCCCCCGUUGACGGGGUAAGGCGUGUGCACCGUGCGGCCGCAAGCGCACCGCAGUGCGGCAAUAUGGAGGCAGAGGCGCGUACGCUGUUCUCCCCAGAACCUCGGAGAGUGUUCAGUCGGUCUUGGUUCCAUUCAAGGGUGGCGCUUGCUGCGCAGGAACGUGAAUUGCCGUUUCUCGAUAAUAUAUCUGCAGCGCUGCAUCGUCGGCAGCUCAGACUUGCAGCGCUGGACGCAGCUUCCAUUGCACCGUCAUUCCGGGCACGAUGGGAGGUGCUUGAGUUCGCCCACCGGCUCGAAAGAACGUUCAAGUGGACAGACGAGGCGGAGCCUCUGCUCUCAUAUUUCAACCAUUGCCUGGAUACAACCGUCAUCGACUCCCCAACACCCUGCACAGUACCACACAUCGUCAUCCAAGAACCUGCUUCCAGCGAACCACCAUUCGCCGCAUCGUACCACAACCCCACGCCAUCCCAGCAAGACUGCUACUACCUCACCGUCCCCGCAUCCUUCGUCCACUUCGUCAACGACGAAUCUUACAUCUGGGGCUCCUCCGGACGUACGGGGGAAGAGGAAGAGGACUGCGCACCGCUCUUGGUCGGGGCAGUAGAAAUGGAGGCGGAGGCGGACUCGACGUCGGCAUCGGCGGGCUCCUGGGGCGAAGGCCCAGACACACCGUGCGGGUCGCACUACGAGCUGGGCGAGGCCAUUAUCGAGGAGUUCGAGGACUACGUCGAGCAGGACGAGGACGGCCUCCGGCCUUCGCCGCCUCUAGCGGAAUCAUGCUGCGCGGCGGUGGAGGAGCCCGCGGGGAUGGUGUCUGUGGACGUGUUUGAGUGCGAGGAGGAGGAUGAGUUGCCCCCGUUUGAUGAUUGGUAUCAGAGCAUCGCGAGUAGGGCGGCCCCGACUGCAUAA